AUGGCUGCUCAUCUCAUACCCGAGCAGCCCAUUCCAUCGCCUCCUGCAGCUUACCUCCAACCUUCUCCCCCUUUCCCCUCGGAUCAGACCAUAACUCGGACACCACCUCGUCAGCCCCAGAGCCUGCAAAUCACUCGACCUAUGCCCGGAGAGUCCAGAGAUUCGCCCGUCAUCCAGCAUUCCCCUCGAUCGCCAGUCAAGAUUGACCACGGGAUGGAGCUACCUCAGGCAUCCAGCGCCCGCAUUGAGAGUCUACACAACGGCCGUCGAACGCCCCAGAUCGAGCUCCCCGAGUUCGCCGUUAUGUCCAUCGAAGACCCCGCGGAGCCGCAACAGGCAUGGAACCCUUCAUUCCCGCCGCGACGGGACUCGAAUCAAACCCCACAUUAUGUUCACCAGCACCCCUAUGGCCACACGCCUGCUAGCAGCGGCUCUUGGUCUGUCGUGGACAACCAGCUCAAAGACGAGACCAAUGCCAACCCUAAAAAGAGUGCGUCGUCGCUGGAACGUGAGAUGGAAAGCCACAAUAGCUCUUCCCACGGCAGCUUGGAGAGCUUCACUCAGACCUCCGAUAGCUAUGAACCUCUUCCAUAUCAUCACCAGCACCUUGAAAACCAACAGGCUGCUCGAGCGUCCAAAUUGGGAGUGAGCCCGGCGGAUAAUCCCUCUGCUUCAACGGGAAACCUGGCUGUGAGAAAACCUCGUCUUUCUCGGCCACUGUCACAGUACUCCUCAGGCGGUUCUGAUGUAGGUGGUGGAAAUCACCGACGCAAUCUAUCAGCAUCUCCAUACUUGCAUGCUCAAUCUCCUUCACGAAAUUCUGCAUCUCCCGAUCCUCGCCCUCUCUCUGUCCUCAAUCUCUUAAAUACAUCUUACCCCCAGCCCGGUCCAGCCGUUACCUCAUUCGACAACUCACGUCUCCAAUCGUCUGUUGGUAACAGCGCAUCAUUGUUAAGCCACAAACAGACCUUCGAGAUGUACCUGGCGAACGUCAAGAAAACAGAUGAACCAGCCGUGCAGUACGAAUUUGCCGUCUUUAUGAUCAACUCCAUGCGCGAAAUGCCAAGCGUCGACUUGGAAGACUCGAGCUCAAUUACCCGCCAAAGACUCUCUCGCGAAGCCAAGUCCAUUCUCCAACGCCUCUCCGACCGCAGCUACCCAUUCGCGCAAUACUAUCUCGCAGACGGCUAUGCAUCUGGGCUAUUCAACAAAGACAAAGAAGACUACGAUCGUGCAUUCCCGAUGUUCCUUGCCGCUAGCAAACACGGUCAUGUCGAAGCUUGCUACCGCACUGCACUGUGCUACGAGUUCGGGUGGGGCUGCCGAAGGGACGGCGGGCGCGCUGUUCAAUUUUACCGCCAAGCCGCGUCUAAGAACCAUCCAGGUGCGAUGCUUCGCAUGGCCAAGGCGUGUUUAGCGGGCGACAUGGGUUUAGGAAAGAGAUACCGUGAAGGUAUCAAUUGGAUGAAGCGGGCGACCGAGUCAUCUGACGCUCAAUACAACUCCGCGCCGUAUGAACUUGGCGUGAUGCAUGAAACAGGCUUUGGCGACGACGUGUUCCCCGAUGCAUCCUACGCCGUGCAACUGUUCACAAAAUCAGCCGAACUUGGCCACGCCGAGGCAAACUACCGAAUGGGCGAUGCCUACGAGCACGGGAAGCUCAACUGUCCCCGUGAUCCUGCUCUGAGCAUUCACUUCUACACCAGUGCCGCGCAAAACGGGCAUCCCUUGGCAAUGAUGGCCCUCUGCGCAUGGUACCUCGUCGGAGCCGAACCAGUCCUCGAGAAAGACGAGAACGAAGCCUACGAAUGGGCCGUACGCGCUGCUGCCACAGGCCUCGCAAAAGCUCAAUACGCUGUCGGCUACUUCACAGAAAUGGGAAUCGGCUGCCGCCGCGACACUCUCGAAGCCAACGUCUGGUACGUCAAAGCCGCCGACCAAGACGACGUACGCGCCAAGCACCGCAUCGCAACCAUCCGAGCCGCAGCAGACGGCGCAAACCCGACCCCCCCCAAUCAAAAACAACGGCCGUCUUAA